AAUGUCCACUGUUUUGAAAACAUUGUUUUGAAAGUAAUUUCAAUCGAAAUAUUAAAAUCAAUGUAAUGUUAAUAAUGAUUGAAAUGAUUGAGUGAUUUAGCAUUUAAUUCAAUGAAAUGACAAUAGAAUGCAAACUAUUUGUUAAACAUAUAUUAAAUGACUAUUAGUUUAUCACUUAAUAGACAACAAAUGAGUGAAACAUAUUAUAACUGUUUAUUUGAAACCCAGUUAUGAAAAGAUUGAAUCGAUUUGUUAUCAAUAAGAUGUCACUAAUAUAUACAUUACUGUCCAUUAUAUCACUGGCUUUCGUGUUGUCCACAUAUAACCAUUUGGUUAACUCAGUUGAAGACGACUUGUCAUUUGAAAACCAAAAUCUUAAGACAAAAUUGAAAGAUUUAGAGAAAAGAGUGACCACUUUGGAGCAAAAUGUUGGCCAUAAGUAUCCCGAAGUGAAACACUUGUCAUACGCUGAUCGCCGGCGUAUUUUAGUGACCGGUGGCGCCGGCUUUGUCGGCUCACAUCUUGUGGACAGACUUAUGAUCAAUGGUCAUGAAGUGACUGUUGUGGACAACUUUUUUACGGGUCGUAAAAGAAAUGUUGAACAUUGGUUUGGACACAAAAAUUUUGAACUGAUUCAUCACGAUAUUGUCAAUCCAUUGUAUAUAGAAGUGGAUCAGAUAUAUCAUUUGGCUUCACCGGCAUCUCCACCACAUUAUAUGUUUAAUCCCGUGAAAACUAUUAAGACAAAUACCGUCGGUACUAUAAAUAUGUUAGGUUUGGCCAAACGUGUCGGCGCUAAGGUAUUAGUUGCCUCUACUUCCGAAGUGUAUGGCGAUCCAGAAGUGCAUCCUCAGAGUGAAGAGUAUUGGGGACACGUGAACCCAAUUGGUCCGCGUUCUUGUUAUGAUGAGGGCAAACGUGUAGCUGAAUCACUGUCAUAUGCUUACGCUAAACAAGAGAAUGUAUCGGUAAGAGUGGCCAGAAUUUUCAAUACUUAUGGCCCGAGAAUGCAUAUCAACGACGGCCGAGUUGUUUCCAAUUUUAUUUCUCAAUCACUUCAAAACCACUCAAUAACUGUUUACGGAUCGGGUCGACAAACCCGUUCCUUUCAAUACGUUACUGAUUUAAUUGAUGGACUUAUUGAACUCAUGAAUAACAACAUAACACUUCCCGUUAAUUUAGGCAAUCCUGAAGAAUAUACAAUCGAUGAAUUUGCUUCUGUGAUCAAACAUUUAGUGGGAAUUACAAGUAGUGAUAUAGUUUAUAAAGACAGUGUAGAGGAUGACCCUCAGCGUCGUAAACCUGAUAUAUCUCGUGCCAUAAAAUAUCUUAAUUGGUUUCCAAAAGUGUCACUUAAAGAGGGACUUAAACGGACUAUUGAUUAUUUUAGACAAGAGUUGCUUCACGCAAAUGCUCAAGAAGUUGAUUCACUUCAGUUUAAUCAUAUGUUUGCUUAAAAUUUUUAUUUUAAAUGUUAUGAUUUUAAUAUCAUGUUAGCGGUGAACAAAAAAACACUAAAAGAUAUGUUAUGUUUGACUAUUAUUCAAAUACCAGA